AUGUAUGAAACUAUCAUUGAUGCGGUCGAUGAUUUCGACUCCGAGCAUGUAAUAGGGGUGGGGGGUUGUGGGACUGUUUAUCGGGCCGAAUUACCAACGGGUGAACCCAUUGCCAUUAAAAAGUUAAACACUCAAGAACCCGACGAGUGGGUGGAUUUUAAAAGUUUUGAAAAUGAGGUCCGUGCAUUGACAGGAACCCGACAUCAUAACAUCGUGAGACUUUAUGGCUUCUGUGCACAUCCACGACACACGUUUUUGGUCUACGAGUUUAUAGAUGGCGGAAGUUUAAGAAAUUUGCUUAAGAUGAAAGAAUUUGAUUGGUGUAAGAGAGCUAAUCUUAUUUGCAUCAUGACUGUCCCAUGCCCAAGCCCAAUUAACAAAUAG